AUGGCUCUGGCUAAAGGCUACCCUGGUGGCCCCGGAAAGUCUUCCACGUGGAAGGUUGUGCACACCAGGGUUAUCAUCCGCAAGACCCCCAGUACGACGGCCAGCAUCAUGGGCUUUCACGCACAGGGCAAGACUGUAGAAGGGGUCGUCCAGGAGAUUGCAGGCCAGCCUUGGCUGAGAAUACCGCAUCCUGGUCCGGGCGGGGAUGGCAAAGAGAGUGAUGGGUACAUGCUGAUAGAUGGGACUUCCGUAGGUCUUGGACGGCUAUUGGAGAGGGUGCAGGGCGCAUCGGCUGAGCCAAAGGCGAGGGUGCAAAAUCAGGUGCCAGCGCCGAAGCAGAAAAGCCGUGCAAAACCGAAUCUGGGAGACUUGAGCAAGUGGAUUCGACACGCCACAGCACCAACGUCGCGUUUUGAAGUGGUCGUGAAUAUGGUCAUGGUCCGCAACCUGCCCUCAACCCAGGCAGAUGCCGUUGGUGUCGUGAAAAAAGGUGAGAUCCUGGACGGCGAACCGCGUGAAGGUUGGCUUCUACUGCAAGAGAAGAGCCCUAUGAGCCAUGAGGCACUGGAGCAGGGUGAGGGACGCUGGAUACUUCUCGACGGCAAGGAGCUGGGUCUCGGUCAACUUUUACGCCCUCAAAUUCCCGCACCGAAAGUGACGAAAGCUUUUGCGACUUCCGUUCAACUGAGUUUUCCGACGGACAUGAGCAAGUACGAUCUCGAAGUUGAGUGUGAGAUUGGCGAAUCUUUUUGCACACCAUGCAGUCAAGGCAAGUCAAUGCUUGUCCACGGUUUACAUCCUUGCUCCGAUGUACGCCUCAGAUUUGUCUACCGGGGCAAGGAUGGAGCAGCCGGAGAGUGGGAGGUCGUGGAAACGACCGAUGUCCCAGAUUGGGAGGAAGCAGAUGGUCCCUGCAUAGAUCUGCUAGGCAACAAGCGCGGCAGCUGUCAGCAGUGUUCAUGCAAGUGCUUUGCUCUGGAAGAGAACGUGGUUUCCUUGAACAUGGAUGUGGGAGACGCCCGCUGCGCACGAUGUGGCUGCAAUGUGGCCGCUCAUGCUUUGUGGCAGGAGAAGGUGCCACUCAAGACCAGCGAGAGUCCCACCUCCCAGAAGCAGAAGCCACCGAAGCAGGCUGAAGCAAAGCCAGUGCCCGCCGCUCCGGUGGAGUCAACCGUUGACAAGGCGAUAGCCUUGCCGAAGGAGACGAUGCUGCGUCGAUGGCGGCGUUUGGACGUUAAUCCUUCUGAGGCUUGGCCGAGGCUCCAGAAGGAGUUCUCCGAGGUCGUGGUGUGGAGCGACCUGCACUCCGACAUGGGUAAAAACAUGACUCAUCUCAAGCAGCUCCCGAUUUGCCAGGAUACAGUUCUCUUACUCGCGGGAGAUAUUGCAUCCAGCUUGGAGGUCAUCGAAACGUCGUUUCGACUGCUGCAGGCAAAGUUUGGAGCAAUUUUCUACGUUCCUGGCAACCACGAGCUCUGGGUGAGCAAGAAGGACGGCUUGUCAUCCGUGCACAAGUUCCUCGCGAUAUUGGAGAUCUGCGAAGAACUUGGCGUGCACACCAGGCCUGCUUUCAUCAACUCAGACUGUGCUGUGUGCCCGCUGUUCUCCUGGUACAAGGACAACCUGGUUGAUGGAUUUUCUCGCAACUUGGCGGACAUCCCCUUCGACAUGCAGACUCAAUGGCCGUGGGACAUAACGGGACGCGGGGACACCAAUGAUGCGCAACAGCCCGAAAUUGCUGACUUCUUCCUCUCGUUAAAUCAGCGGCGCAUCGCUGCAGCACCCUCGGCCGCUCUGGAUGCCUUGAAAAGGGCAGAAGUCGUUGCGGAGGAAGCGAAACAAGCUCAAUUGGAUGGCAGAGUCUUACCACCUCUGCCGAAAACGAAGGACGAUGACGAGAUCUUCGUUGUGACGAUGAGUCACUUUGUGCCACGCCAGGAAUGCUAUCCUGGUCCGCGACGACUCUGUGGCGUCAUGGGAUGCCGUGAAAUUGAGGAGCAGGCUCGAGCCUGUGGCUCGCGUUGCCAUGUUUUUGGACACUCGCACAUCUCUUGCGAUCGGCAGGUCGAGGGAGUUCGCUAUGUGCAACAUCCUCUCGGCUACCCAAACGAUUAUCACAGACAGGGUGAGCCAAAACCUGUGUGGGGUGGCUGCAAGUCUCGUCAAGAAGCACCUUCCCUGACAGAGGAGCCAGCAUCUAAGCUGGCCAAGGAUAUCGUGAAGGCAAUCCUUGAUGAUAUUCGAAACUGUCCGGAAAAGUGCCUGGAGCGACCGCCCGGGCGAUGGAACAAAGAGGACGGUGAUAACUACAGCAGCCACAACAUAUUUGACCGGAAGGAAGAAAUGAAGCUUCGUGAGAGCAUGGGCUACGAUGCGAAGAAGAUGGCGGAGCUUUGGAGCGCACCGCCGCCAGUCCGGGAGCUGGAGCUGGAGGUAACCCAUUUCCAACACGGAGACCAACGGCUGACUUUGAAUCUCCCGAACAACCUUUUGGUGCGGCAGCUGAAGGAGCGCCUUGUGCAGGAAGUCGGCCGCGGGAAUCCAGCAAAGAUCGUCGUAUCAACAAGUGGCGAGAACGCACUCAAUGAUGAUGUAGCCCUGAGCUCCAUUGAAUCGGAAAUAUCAGGUGGACUGAUUGUUAUGGGCAUCGACAUGUCGAAGGGCAAGAGUGUGACAGUCAAGCUUGUCCAUGCCGCAUCGGAUAUACCACAAAGUUUGACCAUUUCCGUCUUGGACACGGCGACCAUGCUCGACGUUCGGAAGGAAGCGAUGAUAAGGCUCGGUGAGAAGAGCAUCAGUAAUUGUAAGCUGGUCAAAAGACUCGCAACUGGCGGCUUCCAGGGCCUCGCAGACGGGGACCGCCUAAACGCCAAGCGGGAGCUGCUGUUUCUGGGCCGUGAUCUCCCAGAUUCGCCGAGUGCGCAGGAGACCAAGACUAAGAAGCCACCUCCGAAAGAGAAGGAGAAGGUCACCGCCAAGAAGAGCACUACCAAGGCGAAGGCUGACGUUUCAGUGCCAGAGGUGCCUACGGCACAGACCGCGAAAGGCCAACCGAAAUCCGAACCACCAGGUGAGCGACUGGAAAGGGACUCACCACCACGGGAGAUGCACGUGAAGAUCACCAGCUUGCUGGAUCCUGACCAGCAGCUGGAAAUGGGAGUUGCCAGCGAUUUCCUCGUUCGCGAGCUCAAGGAGCUGAUUGUAGCUGAGCUUGGACAUGGUGAUCCGUCGAAGAUUUUGCUUUCCUCCACCGGGGAUGAUGUUCUUCGAGAUGAGCGGCCAUUGGGCACCUACGAACGCGAGGUUUCAGGUGGUCUGGUGCUCAUUGGCAUGGACUUGAAACGUCCACAGGAGUCCAAGCCGAAAGAGAUCAAAGUGAAGCUGGUGCAUGCAACAGAAGCGGGACAAAGCCAGCUGCUUAUUCGGAGCAGCGCAGUUUGA